AUGCCUUCGGAUGAACCAUCAGCCAUCUUUGACCGUGUGUGCGAUCAUGUCCAAAUCCUAUGGCCUGGGACUGGUGCAAUUACCGCAAUCAGGCUGAAGAUAUCCGACCGCCUCUUGGUGUCGUCACCUAUCCCGAUGCAUGCUGGUGAAGUGGACUUCAUUGCGGACGAACGCGCAGUGGAGAGAAUGGGAAAAACAUGGCACCAGUAUCUCGUUCACUGGGCCCGACCUCAUCUAUUGGCGUGCACGCGAUCAUGGGUGAUAAGCCGCUUUAUGAAAUAUUGUCCCGAAGCGUUCGGUGUGUACACGCGUUGGCGACAACAUCCUGGCAACUUAACGUACUCCGAAUACCGAGUACGCGACGCUCAGUUUUUGGAAUUUGGUGAAAAUCCAACAAAAACCUGCCUUUUUCAAGCGUUCAAAAUUAUCAGCGACAAGUCGAGCCUGCAUUUACGCGCCACUGCAGCCGAUUUGGUAUUAGUUAUGACAACGAACACCAUCCCACUGUCCCAUGGCAUUCCCCAAUCCAAGUUACGUGCCUUUGUCCAGUUUCUGUUCGCGAGGGGGCUCCGGAUUUGUUUGAAGAUGUUUGCGUCUGAGUUGCUUACCAAUCAAAGUGGCGACCCGAAGUUGGAUCUGUACCGUAUUGUCCUCGCGGAAGGCAACGGCAUGUUUCUAGUCACAACCGUAUCAGGCCACACCACCCAUGUAUGGGUAUUGACGUGCGUUGGCUCCGUGUCCGAGUUGGCAGAUGCUGAAGGAACGAUCGGGGUCGGUGAACUCCCUAGCGUUGAUUUUGUUCGCGCAGACCGGCGCAUCUCGGAUAUGUACAAUUUGCAGAUAGAUGCCCACGGUCCACACGAAAUGGCCACGGGGUUGGCGUGGCUGUCGUGUGACGUCGCACGCAGGAUGCACAUACACCGCGCUUGA